CAUGACCUGAGCCAAGACUCAGAUGGGUAACCGAUGGAGCCACCCGGGUGCCCCAAGAUGAAGUUUAUCAAGGUCCUACUGUGUGCCCAGCCACCGAGCCAAGUGCGUUAUCUGGUACCAAAUCUCAUCUUUGUGAAGACCCCUUCUAGUAGGUAUGAUCAGCCAUGAUGUGCAGAUGAGGAAACCAAGGGCCAGAGAGGGCAGGCGACUCCCCCUGGGCUACACGGCCAGGGGCGCAGGGACAAAGACGCAGGCCCAUGUUUUAAUUCGAGAACCGUUGCGAUGACACUACAUCUCUCUGCGGACUGGGUAUUCUGAGAAACUUUUAUGGAAAUGCGUCCCUGUUUGGCACAAGGGUAAUAGCAUCGUAAUGAGGCGUUUAUUGGAUCUGUCUGCAGAGGACGUCUUUGAUGAAUUAUUUAAACUGGCUCCGGAGAAAGUGAACGCUGUGAAAGAGGCCAUUGUGAACUUUGUCAACCAGAAGCUGGAUCGCCUGGGCCUGUCUGUGCAGAAUCUGGACACCCAGUUUGCAGACGGGGUCCUCUUACUCUUGCUGAUUGGACAACUGGAAGGCUUCUUCCUGCACCUGAAGGAGUUCUACCUCACUCCCACCUCUCCUGCGGAAAUGGUGAGUUCUCCAGAGGCUUCCUUGAGGGUCUGUUCCUGAAUGGACAGACUUGUGAAAUUGACAAUAGCAGUCUCCUUAUUCACUUCCAGGUGAAGUGAAGCAUGGAGGGGAAGUUUGGUCAUCCACGUGUCUACGCAUCCAUUCACCCAUCCAUUCAAUUCAUUCACCCAUUCACCUGCCUGGCCAUCCAUUCAUCUGCCUAUUUAUCUUCUCAUCCAUCCACUCAUCCAUCCAUCCAUCCACCCACUCAUCCAUCCAUCCAUCCACCCAACCAUCCAUCCAUCCAUCCACACACUCAUCCAUCCAUC